AUGGCAACCUUGCUGGAGAGGCCCAUGGCGAAGUUUCAGGUGGUGCUGGACUUGCUGACCAAAAACCGCACUGCCCUGGGAUAUGGGCUGGUGUCCCUGCUGACUGCAGGAGGGGAGCGCAUCUUCUCCACUGUGGUGUUCCAGUGUCCCUGCAGUGCCACCCUGAAUCUGCUGUAUGGGCUGGUCUUCCUGCUGGUGCCUGCAAUGGUGCUCUUCAUCCUGGCUUUUGUGCUGAGAGCUCGCACCUGGCGCUUAUUCACUGGCUGCUUGUCUGGAUCCCAGCCUGGCACCCCGACAAGGUGGCAGGGCUGCAUGGUGUACAUGGAAAUUUCUGCUGCAGCCUUAGUGGCACCCUUGACCUGGGUGGCAGUGGCGCUACUUGGGGGAACAUUCUACCAGUGUGGGGCCAGUGGCAUUGGCUGGAUGGUGAGAUACAUGUGCCGUGGACGCGAAGACAGCUGCACGACUCUGCUGCCCAAGAUGCCCUGCCUACAGAACAAAGAGCCAGGCCUGAUGGAGGUGCUGCAGGAACUCCGGGCUCACUCACAGGUGGGAGGCUGGUUCCUCAUAGCAGUAAUUGUCAUUGGCCUUCUGAUAUGCACAUCUGUUUCCCGAUGCAGAUCUCCAGUUAGUUUUCAGCAACUAAAAUUUUGGAAAAUAUAUUUGCAAGAGGAGAAGAAGAUAUUUACAAAGGAAGCCACAGAGCAAGCAAAUCAAUUGGCAAUGGAGAAUGUCAAAUGUUUCUUUGGAAAUGAAAAAUCUACACAGCACAAAAUCCCAAAUCCUGAAGCUUGGCAGAAAAUUUCAUCAGUAUACACUUUUAAUAAGGAUGCACAGUACUACAGCUUGCUGCACAAAUACAUUAAUGAAAAUAAUGGAAGUCAUGAUACCAAGAGGGGAAAGGAUGAAGUAGUGACUACUUUUAGCUUUGUAGAUGCACAGACUUUGGAUGACAAUGAUAAUUUAUAA